AUGGCGUCGGAGGAGAUAGACGACCUCGUCCUCGAGGGUCACGGCGGCGCGAUCCAUGACCCGUCCCACCUCGACGACCCGAACGCGGGGAAGCAGGAGGCUCUCGCCGCGCGGUUGAAGUGCGAGAUCAUUAAAAUAAGCGAGGAGGCCGCGAAAGCGCGGAAGAUCCGCGUCUCCCCGAUGGUCGCGCAGUGCGUCACCGAGCUCACGAUGGAUUACGCGGAACACUUCGCGAAAGACAUCUUAGCGUUCUCGAAGCACAGGAAGGGGAAGACCAUCGCGCUCGAGGACGUCAAGCUCGCGAUCCGAAAGUUACCCAGGGUGGAAGCGUCCGUGGAGGAGUGCCUGCCUGAAGAGCUGAGAACGAAACGCCCGAGGCAGACGACAUUGACGUGA